AUCAAUACAGAGUUCGUCAGUCACAGUUCCGCGAUCCUCGCCAACAUGUUCGCUUUGAGCAGUAUCCUCGCACUCUGCCUUGUCCUCGCCGCAAACGCCUUCCCCGAAGGCCAAAUUGUCGGUGGGCAAGAUGCACCAGUUGGAAAGUUUCCCUACCAAGUCUCCUUAAGGCAAAACGGAAGGCACUUCUGCGGUGGAUCCAUCUUGAAUUCUCGUUACAUCCUCACUGCUGCUCACUGUGUCGAUGGACAGACUGAUCCCAGAAAGAUUUCAGUCCAUGUCGGAACAAAUCAACUGAGCUCAGCUGGUGAAGCUUACGGAGUGGAGAAGAUUGCUGAGCAUCGCGAGUACAACUCUAUCAGACUCAUUAACGACGUGGCUUUGCUUCGCGUGGACAAAGAUAUCGCAUUCAACAGCUUGGUCAAGGCAAUCCCUCUGGCUACCGGUAGCGCCACCUACGAAGGAUCAUCCUGCGUUUUGUCCGGUUGGGGAACCACCGUAUUGGGAGGAAAUUCACCAAACAACCUUCAAUACAUUGACUUGAUCGUUGAGAAGCAGGAUGCUUGCAAGAAGGCUCAAUGGAGAGUGCAGAGCUCCCACAUCUGUACACUCACGAAAGUCGGCGAAGGUGCAUGCCAUGGUGACUCUGGCGGUCCUCUUGUCGCUAAUGGAAAACAAAUCGGUAUCGUUUCCUUCGGUUCACCUUGCGCCAUUGGAAAACCCGACGUUUACACGAGAGUAUCCUCCUUCGUAUCUUGGAUCAGUAAUCAGCAAAAGGUUCUGAUGAGCGAAGGUCCUCUAGAAUCAUCCGAGGACGCUGUCUACAUUUUUUAGGCUAAUCUAGAUCACUUUUGCGCAACCAAUGCCGAACCUGUACAACAUUUUGACGACCGGAUUUUUUACGACUGUACAUCGACUUUGCCAUUUAAAUUGGAAAAUAUUGAAAACUGUAUGCACUUGAUUAUAUUUUCAAAUUAGAAAUA